AUGAAUGACUUUGUAGAAAUCAACGGUGCCAGCCUGGCCUAUCGCCUAUGUGGUCCCGACGGUGGUCCACUUAUAAUCACACUCCAUGGUGGCCGGGGAAUGGUAGACGACAUUGAAGGCAUUCGACAACACUUUGCUGGAGACAAAGACCAAGUUAUCGUUUGUGGAGGUAGUUUCGGUGGGUUUCUCGCGCAGCAGUAUGCCAUCAAGUACGCUUCCAAAGUAUCUCAUCUGAUACUGCGAGGGACUGCUGCUUCACAUCAUCAUGAAGAUGCUGCCAUUGAAGUCCUUAAGCAGAGGCUGAACAGGGCGCCAAGCUUUUCGGUUGAGAUGCUAAGGGAUAAGGUGUUCGGAGUCUUUGAAAGCGAUUUGGAGUUCAGACUGGUUCAUCUUGCCAUGCUGCCUCUCUACAGCGAGAAAUUCGAUGCCAAUGCGGGACUGCGGAGCUGUCUAGACAACACUUACAACUCGGAAGCGCACAAUGACCUCUAUUCUGAGAGCGAAAAGUAUUUUGACUAUAGAAAUGACCUUCAUCGCAUCACCGCAAAGACUUUGGUAAUUGUUGGCGACAAAGAUUGGAUUUGUCCCUUGGGAAACUCCGAGCUCAUCGCAUCUAAAAUACCAGAUGCACACCUCUUUGUGGUCGAGAAUGCCAAUCAUAGCGUGCACAUAGAAAGGAAUGAGGAGGUCUUGAGCCGCAUACGUGCCCAUUUAAUGCCGUAA